AUUGUGAUUUAUUAUGAAAAGGCAACGUCAAAUUAAAAAAAUUAAAUACGACCGAAAAAAAUAAAAUACAAUAGCGUUUUUGAAUAGCACUAGCAUAUUAGCAAGAAGAAGUUCUAAUUAAUAAAUAAUUAAUAAUGUUUAGGAAUUUAUUACGCACUUCGACAUGUAUAAAUUUUCAGAUUACAACUGUUAGGAAUAAACAAGCUAAAUUCCCCAAAAUAGAUAAGAAAUUACAAGCAUCUGCUGAAUCACUUGCAGCUAGAGGAUUCCUUCGUCCAAAUAAGCCAUGGGAUCCACCGGCUGACAUUGAUGAGACCAUAGUUAAGAUAUGUUCUGAUAAUGGGCUCAAAACUGACAGCGAGUUGGAUUCUCUAGAACUCAAGUAUACUGUUUUAAAGGCAUGCUUUGAUGAAACUGGACAUAGCGUGCCUAACUCAUUAUUGCACACCAUUGAGACAGUUGAUGACCUAAGGCAAUUCUAUGAAACGCCCAUUGAUACGAAAACUCCAUUCGACAGUUUAAAAAAAAUGGAUCUGCCAAAGAAUUUACAUAUCCAAGAGGAUUAUGUUAGAUUCCAUCCAGAUAAAGAUACCCUGUUCAAUGGAAAGUCUGUGUUCCCAAAAAGCUCAACCAUUGUGUCUGGUCUCAAAACUAGGAAAAAACAUGAAGGCUUCACUGCUAAGAGAUCAUGGCCUUAAAAUGUAUUUAUUUCCGAAUGUUAUUAGGUGUUGUUAGAGACAGUAGGUAAACAAAUAAUAAAGUCAUCAUAAAUGAUAUGAAAAA